AUAAUAAAUAAAGUUUAAUAAAAUAAAAUAUAUAUAUAUAUACAUAUAUAUACAUAUACCUAUAAUAUAAUAACAAGAAGUGCAACUAUCAGAUAUACUACUAAUAAAAAACUACACUACACAACUCAGACAUAGUAUUAAAGAUAUAUUAUAUAUAUGUAUAUAUAGAUAUAUAUAUAUGUAUGUAUGUAUGUAUAAAAAAAAGAGUGUAGUAAGUGUAGUAUGUACUGUAAGUAAAGUGAGUUGGUUGGUUAGUUAACAUACUACAAGUUAAGACUUAGCGGUGUAUGCGCGCCUUCUUAAUUCUUCUUUACCUUGGUGUUGUUAUAUUUAACGUAAAUUGUGUGUUGUGCAAAGGUUAAGAUAAAUUAUAUAUGAAUAUAUCUAUAUAUAUAUGUGUGUAUAUAGACGGAUUACGAUAAUUAUAAUUUAUUGAGAUAAAUACUAUUUGUAAUGAGGAAAAAAAAGUGAUUUAAUAUCAAGGUGGUGUGAAAUGAUAAAUAUAAGGAUGUUUAUUAUUGAGCGUUGAAGAAAAGCCGAGGGCGGCUAAAAAUCAUGGGAAGAUCGAAGUUUCCAGGCAAGCCGCCGAAAACGGUAACCAGAAAACGAAUCAAGGUUCUCGGGCGGCCAGAAACAACUCAAAGUGAUUCCGUAACCGUUGCUGAAAACAUUUACUAUGGACUUUCACUGUUCAAUGAAACAUUUGGCGAUAAUGAGAAAGAACGUCGCCCAUUCCAUGGUUUUAGCAGCAAAGAAGCUAAAUUAUCAGUAUCAUAUAUAAAAACAACAAAACAAGAUACCGAUAAUGAUAAAAAAAUAAAUUCAAAUGACAAAAUAAAAACAAACGAAUCAUUGACAGAAAAUUUAUUAUUAAAACCAUUGGAAAAUGAAACUAAUCAACAAUUAAAAAACAACGAUCACAAUAAUAGUAAUUUAUCAGGAAGUACAAGUAAUAGUAAUAUUGUUAAAGAAACGGUAAACGUUAAUAAAAAUCUAAAUAACGAUGAUGAGAAAAAAUUGAAGAGUGGCAAUAAAUCAAAAGUUGGUAAAGGGGUUGUUAAGUUCAAACGUGUUGUACGUACACCGAUACUUAAAGCUGUUAAUAAUAUAUUAGAUCGUCAUCAACGCACACGACAGCUCCGUAAUAGUACAGCUAAACGUUUAUUACAAAGGGCUAAGUACAACAUUUCGUCAAAUAAUCGUAACAUUACAAUUCAGUCUAGUGAUAAAUCUAAUGCUAUUAAAAAAUUCGUCCUUCCAAUGCGCAGUGCACAUUCAUCGCGCGUUAUCAAGCCAAAUAAAAGAUUUAUUGAGGAGUUAGAACAGAGUCCUAGCAAUGACGAUGAUGGAAAACAGUCCAAGAAAGCCAAGGCGUCGAAUAAAAACAAUCGUAAUGUCAAAUCUAAAUUGAAGCAAUAUAAAAAUAAUUCGAGCCCAUCGAAAUCAUUGAAAAAUUACAAGUCUGUCAAGGGUAAGGAAGACACUAGAUUUAAAAGAAACGGAGCGCAGGUAAAAAAAUCAACGAGUUUAAUCAGCAAAACAAAAGUAAAACACAAAAUGAAUGAUAAUAUCAAUUCGACAUCAGUGACAUCAAUUAAUAAAUCAUCAGAAUCAAGCUCGAGUGAAUCAUUAUUAUUAAAAGUUCUUCCUAAUUUGAAUACUCCAAAUGUUGAGUCUUCCAGAGUUAAAACACGAUUGAGGAUACCCAGUGAAAAUACUAUCGAUGCUGAUAAUUUGUUGUCAUUGAAUAAUGAAAACAGUAUACGAGAUAAUAAAAAAAUUGAUUUUAUCAGUUCAAUUAUUUCAUCAUCAUCCUCGUCUUCGGAUGAUAAUAAUGAUUGUAUGGAGGAUACUGUUAGUAAUUAUGAUAUUGCCAGUGAAAAUCCACUUGAUACAUUUGAAUCUGAUAGCUCAUUAUCAGAAAGUACCAGUGAGAGUAAUCACAACAGCGAAGAUGAACAGUCUGAGUGGACCGGUAUGAAAUUAGACGGUGGUAAAGUGAUAUUACGUAAAGCGAGAUUAAAACUUGAGAAUAAAAAUCCAGGAGGUACUGAAGGUCCUUUUUCAGUUACAAAUAUUCAACAUCAGCACCAUCAUCAGCAUCAGCAACACAGUCAUAGUAAUAGUAAUAUUAGUAGUAAUAAUAAUAAUAGUAAUAGUAAUAGUAAUAAUAGUAGUAAUAACAAUGGAAGUAUUAAUUCAGGUUUAACUGGUACAGUUAAAUGUGGAGUAUGUGGUGCCGUACGUUUUUAUCGUUUCGUUAAACAAGCACGUAAAUUUGGUAUCUACAGUUGUGAAUCGUGUCGUAAAUUUAUCAGUAAGAUAAUAAAGCAUCAAGCUUGCGCUAAGUCUACCAAUACGACGCUUCCUGUAUUGCAGUGUCACAAAGGUGAUGGUCUGUGUUUAGUGCCUCCAGUUGUACGCAGUCAGCAGUGGAAUUUAAUGAGAUGCGCUUAUAAAGCGCGUUGUCCAGCUUGUUGGCUUAAAAUGUGUCUGAAAUGCUACAAUAUACCUACGUCUGUUAAAGCAGGAUUAAAUACUUUACUUCCGCCUUUACUUAGAGAUCCUUUGAUGUCAUUGGGGUCCAUUAAUCAGGACAGCAGUGAAGUAAUUUGUGGUCAAAAAAAUCUUUCAACAAAAAUAAAUUGGCCAGCUGAAGACAGUUUGGAAAAAAAUCUAUUCAAGUCAGCAAUAAGUUGGACAGGAAUACAGGAGAGGAAGGUUGGGUAUCAAAGUGGUCAAGGAUUAUUGACAAAUAAAUUCAAUAAAGUUGAUUAUCCGAUAUCUAUGUCGCUGAGUAAAAAAAGAAAAAAAGAUACGAGAAUAAAAAUACGUAAGAAAAUAAAAAGUCCACUGGUAUUAUCACCCCCGUCAGCCUGUUCGUCGCCUACUGUCGGGCAGUCUACUCAGUCGCUUCGACAGAGGGUUGAUCUCAAAGGUCCGCGGGUUAAACAUGUCUGCCGUAGUGCUAGUGUCGCACUUGGUCAACCAAUAGCGACAUUUCCUUCAGCAGAUGAAAAAGAUGAGUCUGAUGUCAAUAGCAAGAGUCUGGUGAGCACUAAAAUUAAGGACGAAGAAAAAAGGCCGGAUACCAGGGAAAAAGUAUCGAAAAGUAAUCGAGAAAAUAAUGCCAAUUCGACGAAUAAUAAUAUCGUACAAAUGUCUUAUGUCAAAAAAACUAAAACCCAAUCAAACAAUUUGGUAUCGAGUAAUCACAGCGUACGUGCACUUGCUAAAUUAACGAAAAAUAAAAUUCAUGAAAUAUCUAUUGAUUUUUGGGAGCAGUACGACCCAACGGAAGUUGGUGCUAAAGGUUUUGCUCUGAUUGCAUCGGAAAUUUUUCCUAUUCCCGCCAUUUGUUUUCUUUGCGGUAGUGCUGGAAAAGAAUCUUUAAUUCACUGUCAAUGUUGUUGCGAGCCCUACCACGCGUUCUGUCUUGAACCCAGCGAGUGGAAUGCCUGCGUCCAACCAGACUGGUGCUGUCCACGUUGUACGAUCUGUCAAACAUGUUCUCUAAGAACCGGGCCAAAAUUAUCGUGUAUACGUUGCCGUCAAUCUUUUCAUCAUUCGUGUCUGUCAAAGUCGGGCGUAAAUGCCAGACUCUACAGCCCAGAUCGGCCUUAUAUUUGUCAAAAUUGCGUUAAAUGUAAAAGCUGCGGCAGCGAAGGCGUUAAUGUUUACGUUGGUAAUUUACCUCUAUGUUCAAUGUGCUUUAAAUUACGUCAACGUGGUAACUAUUGUCCGCUAUGUCAGCGUUGCUACAAUGAAAAUGAUUUCAAUACUAAAAUGAUGGAAUGUAACGAGUGUUCAUGUUGGGUUCAUGCCCAGUGUGAAGGUUUGUCCGAUGAAUUUUAUCAAGUAUUGAGUUAUUUACCAGAUUCAAUUGAAUUUACAUGCAGUCAAUGUUCUCCAAAUCAAAAUUCAACAUCAUGGCGUAGUGCUAUUGACAAGGAAUUAAAAUCUGGUUUUGUUGCUGUGCUAAAAUCACUGAGUAAAAACCGUAAGGUCUGUAAUGCCCUUAAUUGGAGUCCAAGAAAAGAGUGCCUGUGUAAGCCAAUUGUCAGUGUAAGAAAAUUAUUAGAUUUUUCUGACACUGAUAAUAACACUAGUAAGCUUAAUAACAAUAAAGAGUUGACAGUAACUGAUAAUAAUGAGUCUGAAGAUAAUAAUUCAGAUAAAUAUUCAAACAAUGGUGAUAAUAAUAAAGUUGAUCCUCUAAGUCGGUUUGACUUUGAAGUUGACGAGCAGCAACAACAGCCACAAGAAGUUCCACGCAGGGGUUUAAGAAAACUGAAACAAAAAUUUCAUCUCAAAGAAUGCUCAGUACGUGUAAAAAAUUGUAUUGUCAAAGAUGGUAAUGAUUCUAGUAGCAAUAGCGAGUCUAAUAAUCAUCAGUCAUUAAAUACAAACUAUAGUUCUUCAAAUACAACACGUGAGUGUAUGUGUCUAGAUGAAAAUAUUUUAAUGAAACCAUCGCCAAGUCUUAUGUCCGUAAAACGUAAAGUAAAUAACAAUGAAUAUCAAUCUCUUUUUCAAUUUCACUGUGAUAUGGACCAUGUUGUCAAUAGAGCUGGUAAACAAGAUCUCACGGUACUUUAUCAUAGAUCUCUACAAGAAAUAUUUCCAUGGUUUGAUCCUAAUCAAGCUAAAGUUAAUUCUUAUGACGAUGAAUUGUCAUCUUCUUCAACUGAGAUUGAUGGUGAUGGUGAUUCAUCAGUAUCUAAAUUAAAUGAUUCUAUUUUAGAAACGUGGAAAGAGGAAGUUGUUAAGGCAUCGAAAGCUAUUACUAUGAGAACGGGAAAUAUUUACAGUGAAGUCCAACUGGAAGACACGAGACUCUGUGCUCUGUGCAAAGCUACAGGAGAUGGUAAAGAAAAUCGUGAAGGCCGGCUGCUGUAUUGCGGACAGAAUGAAUGGGUCCACGCUAAUUGCGCUCUCUGGUCUAAUGAAGUAUUUGAGGAGAUUGACGGAUCACUACAAAAUGUCCACAGCGCUAUUUCACGUGGACGUAUGAUCAGAUGCGGCGAGUGCGGUAAGAAGGGCGCAAGUGUUGGCUGCUGUGCUAAAAAUUGCGGCAAUACGUUUCAUUAUCCGUGUGCGAGAAAUGCUGGGCUAGGAUUAAAUGAUGACAAGACAAUUUAUUGCGCAUUACAUUUAUCAAAUUGUAUUAAUAAAAAUCAAAAUGAUGAAGAUAAUUUUAGUUUAAAGAGGCUCGUUUACGUUGAGAUUGAGAGAAAAAAGAAAAAAUUUGUCGAACCUGACAAAGUUAAAGUGAUGAUUGGCUCUCUUAUGGUUGACUGUUUGGGUACAGUCGUUCCUGAAUUUUCCGAUACUGCUGAUAAAAUAAUUCCCACUAAUUACAAGUGCUCGAGGCUUUAUUGGUCAACUAAAAAUCCACUGAAAAUAGUCAGGUAUUACAUACGUACAUAUAUUAAAACAUGUACGACAGAUAUUAAUUUAGAUAUGGACCAUAAUGUGACAAUAGAUCAUUCGAAAGAACAAGAGGCUGAAGAACGUCAAAAAAUAGAUAAUUUAAUUGUCAAGCAAACACUUGAUUCAUUAAUUGAUUCUGUUUAUAAUCGUGAGAUGGAUGACAAUCUUGCCGAGCAAAAUAAUACUGAUUUAUUGCCACCAGAAAUAACGGAUGUCAUUUUCAAAGAUUUGCCCCACGAUCUCUUGGAUGGAAUCUCAAUGCAAGAUAUUUUUCCUAAGAUGUCUUAUGAGGAUUUUUUAGCAAUGGAUCUAAGAAAUGAUGGUAUAUUUGGUAACGAUAUUCUCAAAGAUGAAAUGUUGUCUUCAGAUGUUGAUGAUGAGAUGAUUAAAUUAUCUGGUGAUAAUAAAUUAACCAAAGAUUCUUCCUGUAUCUCAGAUAUAGCUGAGCAGAAUGACAUAUGGCUACAUCUUGAAGCUAAAAGCAGCGUUCAAGAAUUUAUGGAUGAUUUAUUAAAUUCUAAAUCACAAAAAUUUGGUGGUAAAGAAUUAAAACGUUCUAAAUCAGAAGUCAUCGGUGGUAAUCCAUUGGUAGUUGGUAGUCAAAGACGACAUCACCAGAGAUCUUGUAGUUUAACUUGGAGUUGUAAACUAGAUGGUACUUAUGGUCCAACAGUUAAACGAAGAAAAUUAUCACGACCAUCAACGGCAAUAACGGGUGAAGUUAACAGUUUUGUUGUUGAUUCUGCUGAAAAAAAUUCAAUGUUUCAUGAAUUACGUAUACCUGAAAGUAUUAUGGUUACUGUUGGACGAACGACAUCUCCUACAAUAAAUGAAUCUGUAAGAGAAUUUAAAUACUGCAUUGAAGAUCCAGGAAUAAACCGACGUAUGAUGCCUACAAGAGAAGACAAUAAAGAUCACAAACGUCUGCUCUGGCAUACAAGACAACAACCGCUGAUGCUUCAAGUUGACGGUCCAGCAGAUCCCAGUAGUUCGAGUGAAUGCAGCUCCCCAGAGUAUGAUGUCGAAGAAAAAUUAAAUUCUGACGGGUAUAAAAUAAUUGACAAUGAACAAGACAAUUUAUCGGAUACUGAUUCCGAGGAAAGUCUGAAAAUACCACAGCUGGAUGGCGCAGAUGACAUUUCCAGUGAUGACGAGAGUCACAGCAAUCCAAUGGAUACUAUCAUAUACCUUCCUAAUACUAUUGAAGAUGGUCCAGUGACUUGUAAACGUUGUCAGUGCACGUACCGAACCCACGACAGCUACAACAGACACUUGUCUAACUGUGAUAUUGUAACGACAAGUGACAGUGACUCGGAGACAAUUGACCACAAAUGUGGGCCUUCAUCGUCAAACUUUUUUGAUGAUUCAUUUUCACCACAAUUUGUAACGCUGUCAUCACCAUCACAAGGCCGCACAUUAUCAACAGAUUAUCCAGAUAUACAGGCAACGUCACCGCUUGAAGCUUCAGUACCGUCACCACACACUGGUCUGCAAAUAGAGCCAAUAGCCCAAGCUCUAAUUACACCACAAAUUCAUAGUCACGAGACUGUUGAGACUCUUCAUCAAACAGUAUUGACAUCCAAUGAAGUCAUAGUGCAAACUCAGUACACAAGAACAACUACAACACUACCCAAUUCAUCAGCAACAGUAUUACCUCAGGAUAGCAGUAUAAAAAUAAUUGAAAUAACGGAUUCGCCAACACAUGAGCAGACAUCACCAAGCAUUACACUGUCGACAAAUGACAACAAUCAUCAUCAAGCUGUUGUAAGUCCCUAUGUAUCACAGACUAUCCAAUCUGUUGAUACUCCGGUGGUAAUUAGAGACAUUGACGAUACUCAUGUAAAUCAACAGCAGCAAAAUCAUACAAUUAUUUGCAAUAAUAAAGUAUUAAAACCAAAACCGCGAGUUGUCAAAGCUAAAACAAAAAUGAUAAAACCUCAGUAUAUUAAAAACACAAUAGGUCAGCAGCAUCAUCUUGAGCCGAUACGUUAUCAGACAAUCCAUCAAAAUACAUCGCCGAUGGUUCAUUUACAGCAGGCACCGAGAUCCGCAGCACCAACGGUUAUUCUUCAACAAGUACCGUCUUCAGGAAUAAUGUCAGCUUAUGUUGACACACUUCAGCAACAAUCUGAUCAAAAUUUACAAUACAUCACAACAAUUGGAGGUCAAGAAACGGCAUACAAGCCCCAAUUUAUAUCAACAAAUCAACUAGUACCUGGUGCAUAUAUUCAUGCAGCAUCUGAUAAUCUUUUAGCACUUUCCAAUGGCGGUAUUUCAGUUUUACCAAGUGUACAAAUUGGCCAACCUCAGCCAACUGUUUUAGGAACAAUAAUUCAACAGCAACCAAAUGCUAUUCAAUGUGGAGUUAUAUCAUCAGAACAAUUAGUUUUAAGUUCAACUCCCACUUUAGAAAUGUUUACAGAUUCUACUGGCAGUAUGUUUGUCUCCAGCCAGCCAAUGUAUUACGGACUAGAGACAAUUGUCAGUAAUACAGUCAUGUCAUCAAGUCAAUUUGUUGCGGGCGCAGUACCGCAAGUAUUAGCCAGCAGUUAUCAAACAACCACUCAAGUAUUUCAAGCAUCAAAAUUAAUGGAACCAAUCGUUGAUGUACAGACAAUACCAAGUGUAUCAACAGUUCAAGCAGUUCAAGGAAUUUCUAGUGUUCCUGUACAAACAGUACCAGCACAAAAUCAAAAUAUACCGACAGUCCAAUCAAUCCAAAGUAUACCAACUGUACCUAAUAUUCAUGGUAGUUACGUUGUUAUGAAUCCACAAGCUACUGAUAAUUCAAUACCCACAGCACUAAAUAAUCAUACUGUAAAUAUUCCACCAGCAUCUACUGAUCAAAACUUUGAUGGCUUAUCAAGUUCUAUUAUCAGCACGGAACCUGUAACAGCUAAAUUACAACUCCAAGAACCUGAAAUUGUUAAUUCAGUAGCACCUUAUAUAGACAUGUCUUCAAGAUCAAUGCCAACAGCAGUAUCAGUAUCAGUAUCAGCACCAGCACCAACCCCAGCACCACGGGCAAUUCAAAAUCAUCAAAGUAUACCGCGUAUUGCCGUGCGUCCAAGUCCAGUAUCACAACAAGCCGUCACGCAACCCAAUUAUACCCAGUGGAAAUUUAUUUCUGACCCUAUCUAUAGCGUUGAACAGCAAACUGUCAGUAGUAGCACGAGACCGUAUCUUGACUCAAAACACGUGUCUGAAAAUACGAGUAUGAUAAAGUCUAGUUUAUCAUCAAAAGUAUCGCCACUAUCAAAUCACUGCGUCACGCAGCGUGAUAUUAUUAAAAAAUUAAAUAACUGUGAUGUUAUUAAUAACGUUAAUGAUAUUUAUGUUAAUGGAUUGUCAAGUAAUUAUUCUAGUUCAAUUACUUCACAACAAACUGGACUUAAUAUCAGUAGUAUCAGUAAUAACAACAGCAAUAAUUACAACAAAAUAAUAACAAGUGUGGCACCAACGAGACCGAUGAAUCGAGUCCUGCCGAUGCAGGCCGUUGUACCUAAACCUGAAACCAUAAAACCGGAUAUUAGUGACAUCGAUGAACCAACGAAAGAAAUUAAAUUUACAAUUGAAUCUGAAGCUAUUGAACCAUUAGAUAAAUCGACCAUUGACUUGACUGAUACUUUAGAUAAAAAUUUUGCAGAUAAAUUUUUUAAUGACAAGCCGCUUAUUUCUGAUGAUAAUUUAAUUGACGAUGAAAUUUUAUUUAAUGAAAAAUUGUACGACGAUAAAAAAUGUCAAGAAAUAAUCGACAGUAAAAUAAUUGAAGAAAAAUUAAUUGAAGAUGUUGAAGAUUUUAAAGUCAAGAAUGAAAAAAAAUUCAGUAUUGAUGAGGAGGAUGACGAUGAUGAUGAUGAUAGUGAUGAUGGUGAGGAUGACGAUGAUGAUGAUGAUGAUAAGGAAGAGUUUGAUAGUGAAGAAAAAAUCAAAGCUGAUGAUGAUCAUAGAGAUAAAUUAAAAAAUGCGUCAUUAAAAAUAGUUUUACAAAAACAAGUACAAGAUGGUUCUUAUAAAAUAACGCACAAUAUUAAAACAAAAACACCAACAUCAACAUCAACAACAACAUCAGCUCCAGUUCCUGCUCCAGCUCUUGCUUCUACUCCUGCUCCUGAUGCUGUUGCGACUAAAAAUCCACCCAAAAUAACAUCCGUUGAAAUAUUGCCUUCAAAACAAACUCCUCAUAUCGGGUCACUGCAAUUAUUGCCAAUUAAAAAAUUUACACUGAAAACUAAUAAAGUUGAAGAAAUCCCACGUAUUAUUAUUGACAGCAAUAAAGAUAAAGAUUCAAUAACAAAUUUAUCAAAAGCAAAAUUAUCUGCCACUGCUGUUAAAACAUCAAGAUUUUUAUCUAAAUCAAAAGUCGAUCCACUAAAUAAUAAUAACACCAUAAAUAAUCUGAGUACUCCGAAGAAAAAUGAACCGAAAUUAAUGUACGAAAUAAAAUCACAAGAUGGUUUUACUCAUACGGCGUCAUCAAUGUCGGAGGUUUGGGACUCGGUAUUCCAGGCGGUACAAGCGGCACGUAAGACCCACAACUUGCCACCACUUACACACAAUCCGUUAACAGAAAAUUUAGGAUUAGAUAACAAUGCGACGGUAUAUUUGGUCGAACAAUUAGCUGGUGUCAAUAGAUGUACUAAAUACAAACCUAGAUACCACAAUUUAAAACCACCAAAGUCUUUUGACAGUGAUAUUUUAUCGGGAUCUGAGUAUGGAUCAGCACGAGCUGAACCAUUUAAAGAACGUAAAGUUCAUGAUAUGUUUAGUUGGCUGGCAUCACGACAUCGUAAACAACCGAAAAUUUUAGCGGUCUCGGAAAUGGACGUCAGACGAGCUGCGAGUACUAAUUUACCCAUGGCUAUGAGAUUUAGAAUGCUCAAAGAAACUUCCAAAGAAUCUGUUGGGGUUUAUCAUUCUCAUAUACAUGGCAGAGGAUUGUUUUGUUUGAGAGAUAUCGAAGCUGGGGAAAUGGUUAUCGAGUAUGCUGGCGAGGUCAUACGUGCAUCAUUGACUGACAAACGUGAAAAAUACUAUGACAGCAAACACAUUGGUUGUUAUAUGUUCAAAAUAGACGAUCAUUUAGUUGUCGACGCAACAAUGAAAGGAAAUGCCGCGAGAUUUAUAAAUCAUUCUUGUGAGCCCAACUGUUAUUCAAAAGUCGUUGAUAUACUUGGUAAGAAACAUAUAUUAAUAUUCGCCUUGAGACGUAUUACUCAAGGAGAAGAGUUAACAUACGACUACAAAUUUCCAUUUGAGGAAAUUAAGAUACCUUGUACUUGUGGGUCACGAAAAUGUCGUAAAUACCUCAAUUAAAAUUAUCGUUAAGUAAAAAAACAAA